CGAGCCAGUGAGGCCACCUGCAUGCAUCGGCUAGAACUACCAGCACUCAUGAAUGGAAAAUAAACACAAAAGGAAACAGCUGGCGCCGACGACCUGACGUCUAUGGUGUGUGGCUGCUGCUUCGCGAAGGGUUUCCUGCCGAAAAUCAAUGGAAAAUAGCAUAAAAAUCCACCAAGGCGCGGUGGUUUGCACGGAAUGUGAUCUUAAGGGUGACAUCACCAUUGGCAAAAACACGGUCGUCCACCCGAAGGCGCAGAUCAUCGCCGAGGCCGGCCCCAUCAUCAUCGGCGAAAAUAAUUUGAUCGAGGAGCAAGCCGCAAUCGUGAACAAAUUCCCUGCAAGCCAGGAAAGUACAGGAAAUGCCACUGUGAUGAUUAUUGGAAAUAACAAUGUUUUCGAAGUCGAUUGCCACUCAGAGGCGCUGAAAAUAGGAGACCAAAAUGUCCUUGAAUCCAAAUGUUUAGUCGGGCGAAAAGUGGAGCUGACGAACGGCUGUAUUGUUGGGGCGCAUUGCCGUCUCGUGAGUGAAGAGUGUCUGCCGGAAAACACUGUAAUUUACGGAGACAACUGCAGUCGGCGCCAACAAGCAGACAGGCCGCCACCGCAGACGCUGCAAAUCGAUUUCCUGACCAAAGUACUGCCAAACUACCACCACCUCUACAAACCAAACCUGAAAGAUUGAAGCCAGCCCUUCUACACCAUUUGAUGCAAUCACGAAAAUUAAAAAAGUGUUCCGUAAGACGACUGUAAUCGAUAAUUCAGAUGAUUGAUGACGAACCUGCUAGGAAUUAAUCUCAUAAUUUAUUUUAAAAUGUAUAUCGUAUUUCGUUUCAUAUUUGCCAAAGUGCAUUUGUCAUUAAUUAUGAUUAAAAUGAGUUGAAUACAAUCAA